AUGGUAAGUCGUGUACAGUGGUCGAGGUAUGGGCUGAAGCAUGUGUCAGUCGGCGGCGCUGAAGCUAGUGUGGAGAGAGCCUAUGAUGGCCAGCCAUUGUUCCCAGGAGAGAGUGAGAUAGAUCAGCUCUUCACCAUCCAGAAGGUCCUGGGACCACUGCCUACUGAACAGAUGAAACUCUUCUACAAUAACCCUCGAUUCCACGGGCUGCGGUUCCCAGCAGUGAACCACCCCACCACCCUGGAGAGAAAGUACCUGGGGUUCAUCAGUGGAGCCCUGCUGGACCUCAUGAAGAACCUGCUGUUGUUGAGUCCUACAGAGCGGUUUCUAACGGAGCAGAGUUUGGACCACCAUGCCUUCCAGACACCGCGACUGGUGGAGCGACCUGGACCUCCUACACCCACACCAGUCCGCUCCUCUAAGAGGAAGCCUCAUCACACGGACAACAGCGCCCCCACCAGGAGUCAUGGUGUUAAAGGUUCGGAUCACCACCGCUCAGCUAGUAGAGACUGUUCCAGCCUGCCCCGUCACGAAGACCUCCACCCUAGCAACGACAGCUUCCUGAAUGGCAACAGCCUGAGCCCCACCCUCCACCCCAAGACCUAUGCCCCGCCCCCCCAGCUCCUGAAUCGCUCAGCCUCCUGCUCCAAGGACCUAGCCAACAACAACCUGCCCCACCUCCUCAGCCCCAAGGAGACCAAGAGCAACCUACCCCACCUCCUCAGCCCCAAAGAGACCAAGAACAAAGACUUUGACUUCACCUCCGGAGCUAAGGCCUCAGAUGGGCCGGGAGCCAAGUACCUCAAGUCCAACAGCCGCUCUCAGCAGAACCGCCAUAGCUUCGUAGAGGGAAAGACCAGCACCCUGAUGUCUGGAGACAAACAUAGAGCCAGAGACCGAGACCGCCACAGCUACAUGGGGGAGCAUGGGUCCUCUAAGUCUGCAGGAGGGUUAGGGUUAGCAGGAGGCUCCUAUAUAAACUUGUCUAAGAGCCACGGGGCCCUCAACGACGCCAAGUCAGUAGGGAACCUUAGCGACCCACGUAUCCAUGGUGACGAACCUCCAUCACGCUACUUCCCUACUUCCUGUCUGGACCUCAACGCUCCUGGCAGCCCGGCGACCGGUCAUCAUCGUCACAGCCCUGCAAGCCGGCGCUCGGAGAGAGAGAGCAAUACGCUAGACUCCACCUCCCGACGCACCUCCUCACGACACAAGAGCUCUGAGGAGGCCAAGUCCCCUGAGGGAGGAGACCCGGGAGGAGGAGGUGGAAGCCAUGGUCACUCCCUGUCCGCCACUCAUGAGGCCUUCCCCUACGGCAUGGGCUACACAUCCCCCUUCUCCUCCCAGCAUAGACCUCACCGCCACUCCAUGUAUGUGCGGCGGGAGCGUCAGAGGACCCACGGGGGGGCCAGUGAGGGGGGGCUGGCGGUGGGACAGGGGAUGUCCACCAGAGCCUCCAGCCUCCAGCUCCUCUCCCCCCAGCUGCAGCACCGCACCCUGCCCAGGCACUCUGGUGGAUCUUCUACAGAGGACAUUACCAGGGUGGGGAUGUUCCAUGAGCAGCACCCAGAGGACGGAGUCUCUUCUAAAGAAAACCGCAUCAUCUACAGUGAGUCCAUGCCCAGGAGGGUUGGCAGCUUCUAUAGAGUGCCGUCCCCGCGGCCAGAUAACGGAGGUCAGGGCAGCAGGGGGACAGGAGGGGGGGCAGUGGACGGAAGCACCUUGCCCAACCAUCCCAAACGCCAGCCGGCCUUUGACCCCUGGAUGCGCCCAGAGAUGGUGGUGAUGAACCAAUCAGAGCCGACCAAAGAAAAGGAGAAGCAGGGCUUCUUCAGAGCAAUAAAGAAGAAGAAGAAGAAGUCCCAAACGAACCAACCAGAUCCAUCAAACGCUCAACCAGGACGUCAUCAGGAGGUCCCAGGUGACGGGGCGGAUCACAUGGCCGCCCAGAAGUCCACCCGGUCAUCGGGUCAUCAGAGCAGCCGCCACCGGAACCAGGAGCGGGACCAAUCACGGGAGAGAGACAGAGACCAAUCACGGGAAAGAAACUGGCCGUCAGAAAAAAUGUCUGAUGCACACUGUCAGAGCCAGCCUCUCAAGUCUCUACGGAAGCUCCUUCACCUCUCCUCCUCCUCCUCCACCUCCAAUCAAACGCCCCCAUCUGAUAUGCGCUUCCAGCCCCAGCCCAACUCCACCUCGGCUAAAGCGGGUUUCAGUGAGGGUCCCAGUCGGAGCCACGCAGGCUCCAGCAUCCCCCUGCUGAAGAGCAGGCAGGCCGCCUACCCCCUCCCUGGUCAGAUGGAGUCCAGCUGGCACACCUCGGCCCUGGGCAGAGCUGAGGGAAACCCUUACCCCGAGCAACAUGGAGGGAGGGAAGGCAAGGGGGGCCAGAACGGACAUGGGUUCGGACGGCCCUCACGCUCACGCAUUCCAAAUCUCAAUGACCUGAAAGAGACUGCUCUGUAGAGAGCUACUUUAACCUUGACACCUGACCCCAGACCUCUCUCUGCUGCCCAGACCAGUCGGCUUCAUUGUUUCUUUUUUAAAGCUUCCAUAUUUGAUAGAAUUUGUAAUAUUACCUAUGUCAUUCUGAUUAUUAUAAUAUUUGUCAGUUAAUAAUUGCAAAUCAAUCAUAUAUGUAAAUGCUAUUUAAGAUUUAAAGUGUACUUGUUAGAGUCUGCUUGCACACAAUUGAAAUAUGACAUUUUAUUUCACAGUAUUUGCAUUAUAUUUCCUUAAGAAUAUAUGAAGUUUAAAUUAAGAGUUUUUUGAUUGUUACAAUGUAGACCAUUCCUUCCCAUCAGUCAGUCUGUGCUGUGUAUUCAGUCUGUCUCUUGAUGUCCCCUGCCAGACUGGUGGAAGACGCUCUAUAGGGGGUUAAAGCUUUAGUAUUUAGGACAAUGUUACGGCAAUGCGUUGUCCAUCUCCAAACAGAUCAGAUUUUAUAUACAUUGCUGUAGUCAGUGAACCAAUGUUCUGUGUUGACAAUCAAGAGAAUCUUGUGUUUGAUGUCAUUUGAUAGGAGAGGGCUAGUCUCAGGAGAAAUCCCAAGUUUUUGAUACAAUACUUUGUAAGUUAAAGUAAAUGGCUUCAUUCCAACAUGGUACAGAGUCCCUUACACUACAGCCCCCCCCCCCCCC